CCAUAUUCGACCUAUCUUCUUCCCUCCACUACUUUGUCAACAUUACCUUAUCGUUACUGAACUUCUGAGAAGGAUCAAAACGUUAUCUCUUUGUCCAGAUUAUAAUUGUUUUAGCUUUCCUUUGUUGAUGUAUAUUAGGACAAGAAAAAAAGAGUGUCCUUGUGUAAAUUAUCAAAAUUUUGGAAGAAAAUGGUUUCUUCAUCUAAUUGUUGGAAGUAUGAUGUUUUCUUGAGUUUCAGAGGCCAAGAGACCCGUAAUACUUUUACAGCCCAUCUAUAUCAUGCUCUGUGCAACAAAGGAAUCAAUGCUUUCAUUGAUGACAAGCUUGAGAGGGGAGAACACAUUACUUCUAAACUCGACCGGGUUAUUGAAGACUCAAGGAUUUCUCUUCUAAUAUUCUCUGAAAACUAUGCAAGGUCUAUUUAUUGUUUGGAUGAGCUGGUGAAGAUACUUGAAUGUAAAGAAUCAAAGGGGCAAGUUGUUUUUCCUGUGUUUUAUAAUGUGGAUCCUUCAGAUGUCGAAGAACAAAAUGGAAGUUUCGGAGAGGCCUUGCUUUUCCAUGAAACGUAUUGGGGGAUUGAUACAGAGAGGGUGCAGAAAUGGAGGGAAGCUCUGACAAAAGCAGCUCAAUUGUCUGGAUGGCAUUUAAACAAUGGGAAUGAGGCUAAAUUUAUUUGGAGAAUUGUUGAAAAGGUGUUGUCACAAUUGAAUCACACAUCCUUGCACAUUGCUGCAUACCAAGUUGGAUUGAAUAAACAUAUUGAAGAAAUAAAUCAUAUGCUGAAUACCAGGUCAGAUGGUGUUUGGAUGGUAGGACUCUGUGGAAUUGGUGGAGUUGGAAAGACAACCAUUUCGAAAGCUGUUUACAACUUAAUUGCUAAUCAAUUUGAAGGCAGCUGUUUCCUUUCAAGUGUCAGAGAAAUCUCAAAGCAAUAUGGUCUUCUUCGUCUACAAGAGACACUUCUUUAUGAGAUCCUAGGGGAUAAAAAUUUAGUCCUGGGAAGUGUUGAUAGAGGAAUUAAUGUGAUAAGGGAUAGGCUUCGCAAUAAAAAGGUGCUUAUUGUCAUUGAUGAUGUGGAUAAUUUAGACCAACUUAAGCAAUUAGCUGGAGAGCCUGACUGGUUUGGCUUGGGAAGUAGAAUUAUUAUAACAACUAGAGAUGAACAUCUGCUAGUUGCUCAUGGAGUGGAAAGAUUAUAUAAGGUGAAGGAAUUAUGUCCUGAUGAUGCUCUUAUGCUUUUUUCUUGGAAUGCCUUUAGGAAUCCUCAUCCUUCUGAAGAUCAUUUGGAGGUUUCACUUCGGGCAGUGAGAUACGCCCAGGGCCUUCUGUUGGCUCUUGUCGUGUUGGGCUCUUUUCUGUAUGGAAGAAGCAUACGUGAAUGGGAAAGUGAAUUGGAUAGAUUAAAAAGAAUUCCCAAUAAACAAAUUUACGAAGUUCUUAAAAUAAGUUUUGAUGGACUUGAGUAUCAUGAGAAGACCAUUUUUCUGGACAUUGCAUGCUUCUUUAAAGGGCAAGAAAAAGAUUAUGUGAUAAAAAUACUAGAUGCUUGUGAUGUCAACCCUGAUAUUGGCAUACAGGUUCUCAUAGAGAAGUCUUUGAUAUAUAUUGAAAACAAUAAGAUCCAGAUGCACGAAUUGCUUCAAUCAAUGGGUAGGCAAAUUGUUCACCAAGAAUCUCCUAAUAUACCUGGAAGACGCAGCAGGCUCUGGUUUCAUGAGGAUGUUCUCCAUGUGCUGACAGAAAAUAUCGGAUCAUGUGAAAUUGAAGGCAUAAUUCUAGACUUGCCUAGAGCAGAAAAGUUGUGCUUGAGUGCUGAUACUUUCACAAAGAUGAAAAGGCUUAGGAUACUUAUUGUCCAUAAUGUACACGUUUUCGGAGUCCUGGAAAAUCUACCCAAUGAGUUAAGGUGGCUUGAAUGGCCUGAAUGUCCCAUAGAGUCAAUGCCAUCAACGUUUCAUGCUAGGAAACUCGUUGUACUUAACAUGCAACGCAGUUGCAUCAGACAGUUAGGGGAAGGCUUCAUGCUCAAGGAUUACAGUUAUUUAAAGCAUAUUGAUUUCCGGGAUUGUGAAUUUUUGACAGAAACACCUGACUUCUCAACCAUCCCAAAUCUUGAGAGAUUGAAUCUUGAAGGUUGUACGAGUUUAGUUCAGAUCCAUAACUCCAUUGGAUGCCUUGACAAACUUGCUUUCUUGAGCCUUGAAUUCUGUUCAAACCUAAAGAGUCUUUCAAGUAGCCUCAGAUUAAGAUCUUUACAGACACUUCUCCUUACUGGUUGCUCAAAACUUGAGAAGUUCCCAAACAUUGAGGACAGAAUGACAAGUGUAGAGAGAGUUUGUUUGAAUGAGACUGCUAUAGAAGAGCUUCCUUCAUCAAUUGAAAAUCUUGUUGGGCUUCAAGUUCUAACUCUAUCAUUUUGCAGAAACCUUUCUAGCAUUCCAAGUAGCAUUUAUAUGUUGCAGCAUCUUGAGCAUCUGCUUCUUGAAGGGUGCUCAAAUCUUAAGACUUUUCCAGAGAAUGUGGGGAACGAAAGACAGCCAAUCUUUUCCAUGGUGUCCUUGAAGUUAAAUUAUGGCUCAAAGUGGUUUCCAAGGCUAACAUGUCUAGAUCUAAAGAACUGCAAUUUGUUAGAAGUUGAUUUCCUCAUGAAUCCUGAUUGCUUUUCCAUGUUGAAGGAUUUAGAUCUAUCAGGAAACAGUUUUUUUAGGCUUCCAACAAGCAUCUGCAGUUUCAAGAAAUUGAGACGCCUUAAAUUGGUGAACUGCAAAUGGCUUCGAGAAAUUCCACAGCUUCCACCAAGUAUCAAGUGUAUUGGUGCCCGAGAUUGCAUAUCACUGGAAAGAUUUUCACAAUUAACAAGGGUUUUCAAGAUUAGUAAAGCUGAGAGAUUAAAAAGGCUUCAUGAUCUCGAUUUCUCCAACUGCCAUAAACUUGCUGAGAAUCCAUUAAGUAGUUUGACAAGUAUAGCAUUGGCGAAUACUUCACAUGAUGAGGACGGUGAUGUUCUUGAUGCAAAUAGUGAUGGAUUCUGUGAGAACUUCAGAAUUGAAGUAUUUCUUCCUGGAAGUGAGAUUCCAGAUUGGAUGAGCUAUUGCAGUGAUGAAAGUUACUUGUCAUUCUUAGUUCCUUCACAUAUGUAUGGGGAAAUAAUAGCUGUGGUUCUCUGCACCAUUUUAAGUUUAGAGGAUGAUGUGACUGCGAAUAUUUCCCGUGAAGUUUUCAUCAAUGGUCAGACCGUAAUUUCUUUUUCGAGACAGUUCUUUUCGUUGGAGUCAGAUCACAUGUGGCUCUACUAUCUUCCAUGUCGUAUGAUCCAGGGAUUUAAUUCAUUGCAGAAUGACUGGAGCCGAUUUGAGGUUUCAUUUAGAAUCCUUGGAGCGCCAAUGAAUGCAACCCUUAAAGGGUGUGGGGUUCAUCUUGUGUACAAGAAUGGUGAGAAGGUGAAUUUUCCAAGCCUGAUUUAUGGGAAUGAAGAUGAUCAUGACACCUCUUUGAGUACAUACAACGAAAGUAUCAACUUCUCAGAGACGUGUACUUCACUAUCACUAGAUCUAAUGCGAAGCUGCAGUGAUGGUGGGGAGUUCGAGGAAUACCAGCAAUCAUCACUUCAAUGGCAGCACCAACCUCUCCGCUUAGACUCCAGUGAGGUCCCAACUGUGCCCCAUUCUUCUCCAAUGUUUCAACUGAUUCACCAAGACUCUUUCAACGGCUUAAAUGGUUUUUUGAGGAGGAAGAGAAAACUGGAGGAGUGUGAAGAUCAUGAUCCUUCUUCUUCCGGCAACAAGCAUCAGAAGUUUAGAUUUACUGGUAGUAGCCAAGGCCUAUCUAUAAAUGAGUUACACCUUUCGUUGGCUUUAUCAUUGCAAAUCACUGGUGGACCUGUGACUCCUGAUCCAUCGGGCAUUGAAUAAUUGGAAGAAACCCACGAUAACAACUGUA